AGUGUUGCCCAGGCCGGGCCCAGUGCCGCAGGUUGUCCGGUAGGGUGCCUGUCGAGCUACAAGCAGCAUGCUGUUGAUGUCAGGAGUAGAGAGAGAGGAGGGGAACGUGAGGAAUGGCUGAAAACUGACGGCGAUAUCCUGUUAUAGGAAACAAACCUGAACUAAAGACCUCACCGUCUCCGUAUCAGCCUGUGAGCGUCGUAUUAACAGUCAGGCGCUGCCCGUCGUAGUGUGAGUAGUUGUUUAAUGGGACAACGAAAACGCAAAAAACGCAAGGUAGGCUACUGCUCCUGUCGCCACUAGACCUGCUACUUUAUUUUCAUGGACUAAUACGACACACAGGAGGGUUGUGAAAUGUUUCACAGCAAGGUAAUUCGCUCUUCUUGGAAGAUAAUGUUUGUUUCGCAACAUUAGCCGAACAUUAGCAUUGAUAUUUUUUUCUGUCAGGCGCGUGAAUGAACGUUAAAUUUUGUUACGGAAAAGCGACGGUUAGGCUUCAUCCCUUCAUGCCUCAAACCGACCAACCACAUGAUAAGUCGACGUCCGGAAUAGGUUUAACCACAAAAUACCACUAAACCUCGUUUUUAUCGCUUUCACCUGAACCGAGGAGUGGGAAAAUGCGUGUGGACUUGUUUUGGAUGUGUUUGUGGUGUUUCCUUCGCCCCGCUUCCACCGGUCAGGGGCAGUCGACGGCCGUGUGUUCACCCGCAUGCAGCUGUGAUGAAGAUGGGGGUGCAGACUGCUCCGGCAGAGGGCUGACCACCGUCCCAACCGGGCUCAGUGCUUUAACCUACUACCUGUAAGUAUUAACCAACAUCCACAAUGAAAUACAGCCUCAUAACACGCUUGUUCACUCAUAAAAGCCCCCCUGCUGAGACCUGGGUAUGGGGCAUUGCUGUGUUUACAUCUCAAGUAAAUAUUUGAUAUACAAUUCCAUGGGGCCAACUUCCUACAAAUGGCUCACUCGAGACAAAUGUCCAAAUGAAGAUGUAGAUUCCCCUAUUGAGCGUGUCACAACUUUCCAGUACAGCAGAAAGUCAAACCUAGGGCUCAAACUAAAAACUAUGACUCACAUUCAUUAUGCACUUUAACUUAAUUACUUGAGUCAGAAAUGGGUUUAAAGGACGAUGUCAGUUUUCUUAGAACCAAGAUCAUGUCUUCAAAUGUCAGUUUUGGUUCAUAACACUAAAAUAUUUACUUGAGCAGUUAAAAGUUGUGAAACAAACACGGCAUUUUCACAUUAAGAUUUUUCUCCUUAAAAAAAAAAGUCUUUCAAAUUAAAAGUGAUUAAAUGUUAUCAAGUUGAUUAAAUUCCACUUGAAACAAUAUAACAUCAACGUUGAGUUUCCACUAAUGUUGAAUAGUAAUAUCAGAUUUUAGAAUACAUAAGUACCAAAACUUAAGUCACUUGUAAAAGUGGUCUGCUGUGCACAUGGACAGCUCAUUCAAUCCAUGCGUCUUCAUUUUCAGUGUCUGGUCAAAGAAGACAUUAAAGUGACUUUUGUGGUUUUGGUUCCUUUGCAUUGAUAGGCAAUGUGGACAUGGCAUCAUGGAUAAGAUUGUGAUGGAUGUUCAUGACAUUCAGACUCAUCAGAACUGGAGACGCAUAUAACGUACAUGAAUUUUAUCAAAUAGUAACCUCAACUUAGUCCAUUUAGUUUCACAAUGACCACCUGAGCGUCUCUUUUAAGGAGCCUAGUUAAGUUUCCUUGGUCGAUGCAAUCAAUUGAAUUUCUUGAUUCAAAGAAAUGUACAACCCCUCAACAUUUUGUUUGUAUUUGUAAGCUUAAGUUGUUGUUUAAAUCACAAUACUUACACAAUACUAAGUUGAAAUGUGUGGUUAGGAAGUGGUUUAAGACUAAAAAUUAGGUAAUAAGCAUAAUGCUCAAGUCACGGACGGGUCUGAUUUCAUUGAGGCAUACAAAGGUUAAAGCCAGCAGUGCCAUCUACCAAGAGCUGUCUGUUCAUCACGAAAUAAUAGAAAUUCCAGAUUUCGUUAUAUCAUCACAUUUUCUCUGUGCUACUGCUUGAGUUGAGGGCACCAGGAUAGGUUAGAUCUUUACACUGUAGUUCAGUUACAGUUGAUGAUUGCCCCAUGAAGAAACUCCUUAGUUUGUUUCACAACCACCGGGUUAAUCAUAAACCUAAGUAACCACCUCAACAACAGCAUUGAAAAUGUCAAUUUAUUGUGAGCUUUUAUAAUUACAGUGCACCUUUUAGAGAAGAAAAAAAUAAAUAAUGAGUUAGAGUUUACAGACACUUACUGAAUAACCUGUAUUUCACUCUCACUGUGCUAAAGGUUUAAGUGUGGUGUCUUGUUUGUGGAAAAAUUUGCGCUGUUUUGCCACUCCAUAAAUGUAAGAAAAGAGACUAAGCCUGCUUCCAGGAACCAGUACAGUGCCUCUAGAAAUUCCUAUUGUUAAGAAAGUGUUAGGUAAGGAAAACAGAGGAAGUACAUUCAUAUACUAAGCUGUCAAGACAUGUCACACUCAGUGAAUUGCUCACAGCUGAAACUUCAAGCAUACCUUUUAAACUGUGGGAAAGAUACUCAAAUUCAUUACAGGCAAUCUCUAACCUCAAUCACAACAUGAAGCAAUGUUUUUGCAGAACGAUAUCAUAACCAGCACUGCUGCUCUGUUUUCUUAUGUACUGCAAAAGUGAGGGAAAAAAAUGUUGUUCUCAAGAUUGUACUAUCGUCUUGCCUUGCCACUUGCUCUGCACAUGGUUAUCUAAACGCAGUGUGACAGCUUUUAAACACUAAACUGCCCAAUGUAUUCACUCCAAACUCCUAAAAGUAUGUGAAAGGUUGCUUGUCCCUCUCUCUGUCCUGCUCUCAUUUGUUCCCCUGGUCUCUUGAACUUAAGUUGUCCUCUCCCACUCCCUCCGUCUUUUGUAUGUGGAGCAAUGGGGUUAGGGAUCAUGAUGGAUUAGUGAGACAUAUUGCAGCUGCAAGAGCUCCAUCUUCUCAGGGCUAAUGCACUCACAAUAGACUGCUGAUGUGUAAAAGAAAAAUGUCACAUAUCAGGGUUUUGUCAUUGCAGUAUUUCUACUGCAUUUCUUCAUUUUUUUGCAUUUAUCAAGUGGUGUAAUGACAGAAAAAAAAACAGAAUCUUGCCUUUCAGCACCAACAGGACAGGGUAUUCAUUUGAAGCUACAAAUUAAUCCACAGUGGCAGAAAGAGGAAGUGUUUUGUAAUCAUAACAGUGCCCAAAGGUCAGGGGAAUGUCAUUUCAAUCUAUUGUUUACCCACCUUUAUCUAGCUGCUGUUAAUUUACUUCAGAAAUUACUCAUACUGAUGGAAGGCCAAGCAUUUAACAAUAAAUCAUAUGACAAAGUUGGAGUGGACUCUUACCUACAACCCACAGGGGCUUGAGAUUUGGCAUCUGUAGUGGAAACAGCCCUCUCACAGGAAAAACAGAUGAGAAAAAAGAGAAGGCUCCUCAGCCAAUGACAAAGCAAACACUCCUUCAGAUAGUAUGUAGUUUACCUGCCAGUGAUCUCUGAUAGGUGUUUUUGUAUAGCUUCUUGAAUUUAUGUGCUUACUAACGGACUAAGAAGGGGGUUAUUGAGGCUUACAUCUCAGAUGUGUUAGGUUCUUUCAUAGCGAAAACAAGGUUGAAGCUGAGGGAAGAGGGAGGGGUAGCAUCAGGGGUCUUGCACUCUGCUGGUGGAGCUUGCCGGCUUCACCAUUGGUGCCCUCAAUCCAUUUUUAACUGAAUGAUACUUUUGUUCUUGGUCAGCAGAGGUGAAAGGAGCCAGUCAGUAGUUCUCAGCCCCAAACAGGAUGACUUGUGGAUGGGAGAAUAUUAAUGCCCUCUGGCCCCCUCUCCAAGACCCCAUCCUCCACCUAUGUUAUUCCCAUCCCCCCACCAUUUUCUUUCUGCGAACCAGUGUAGAUUUUUCUGAUUUUUUUCUCUCUGUAAUUCAAAACUAUUAGGAGAUGAGUGUGGUAGAAACAUGAGGUAGUUUGUCAAGUUGAGUUUUCCAUGUUAAGUAGUAUUCGUUUGCCUAGUAUUAUUUUGAUGGAAGGAAAGGACUGUGAUACCUGCUCGGAUCAAUUGAGGUGGGUUUAAAGUAGCUUGGGAGAAUUUGAUGGUUUACAAAUAAUAGUGAAUUUCUUGGAAGUUGAUCUGACACAUGGCAAAUACUUUACUAAAGGGCAUUCUAGCUUGUGAUAGAGUCAUGACCAGAAUCCUUUUGGCACCACCAAGUAGCUGACACUGAUCAUGGGUGAUAAAUAUUUAAAAAGAUUGUACAUACAUUCUCUGACAGAUCAUCUUCCUUGCAAUUAAAAUUGUAUAUAAUUAGUUGUUAGUUGUCUAUGGUCUAAAUCAGGAAUUACAGGCUGACGCAAGACUGUGGGAUUAAGAACUAGCUUACCCUUUUAGUGUUUUCAGUGAUUGACACAUUGAGUGCAUAUCAUCAUAAGUAACAUAUUUAAAGUGUUUCCAGAGACAGUACACACUUCAUCAUGGUUGUUGGCACACAUAUUUAUCAGUACCUAUUAAUUUGACUACUCUGACUAGCAUGCUACUGAUAAUAGAACACUAUUGAUGCACCUCUGAAACUUUUUGUUUGAAACUUGAGUUAAAAAAUUUCAGUGCCAGUAUGUCAGUUAUAGGCACUGGUAAGCUAUACGGACUCUGGCUGUGGUGUAGAAAAUCUAGUAGCCCUUGUUGAAUGGUCUGGAUCUAGAGCUGUCAAUUUUUCUGUAUAAUCCCAUUUGAAUUUCAUUCCAAAUCAAAACAAAAACCAAGAUUUGCUGUGUAUGUCAAGCACAUAGACUGUAUAUAGAAUGGACAGCGUCUGCCUCCUUGCUGGGUGAAGCCACUCAGAGAACAGCACCCUCUGUUGACGGGCUGCUGUACAGGUCAUAAAUCCCACCUCCUCCAGCAAAGCUUAUGGGGCUAAUUAAGAAAUUAAUUACACAGAACAUAAAUUUUUCUUCCCCCUGCUCGUGGUGUUGACAUGUAGUUACAGUAAGACUGGUUUGUGCUCAAGUCCUCUUUUUUCUGUGAAGCUCUGUUUUUACAGCCUAUUGGCGUUCAGGGAUUGCGUAGCUCACCCGGGGAUACGCUGUUUGAGCCGAGCGUCAUCACAGCGGCACUUGGCAACUCUUGGCGACGAAAGCGCACAACGCUACUGCGCAGCGCUGGUUUCAGGAAAUGAAGAAGAAUCCCGGAAAUACCGAAAGCUUUUUGGCUUCAUAUCCAUAUACUGGCGGGAGGCGGAACCAAGUUGUCCAUAGUGUACAGUCUAUGGUCAGGCAUGACUGAGCCCUGGGCUCAAUAGGAAUAUGCAAGCAGAGCAUCGCCCAGUAAAACAAAACUCAUUGAGUCCACUUGCUUGGUUAUUGAGAAACAUGCGAAAUUUGAUACAUUUAUUUGAUGUAUCUAACAGUUUAAAACAGAGAAACAUCCAAUAAAUAUAAUAAGAAUUUUUAAAAAAAUACAAAAAGCAGUUAAAUAAUUUCUUUUUCUAUUAAAAUGAAAACGUGUUGCUGUGAAUGUUGAGUUGGUUGAUUGUGGUGCUACACAACCUAGGAACGUGACUUUAAAAGUUUAGGUUCUGUAAAGGCGAUGUUGUGAAUUUCGUCUUUGUUAGCACUUCAGUGUUGGCUUGCUUGUCAUGCUACUGCUCUGGUUCCAUGUCAAUCAUUCUGCACUCUGAAUAGUCAUGUGUCUAUAAAAACCAUACUGCGUGCCACACGCCCUGUCGGAGCAGCAGUUGAACAUAACCAAUUGAGACUCCAAACAAUCAUUGGGGAUGUUGUAACGUUUACAGACACGCAUAUGCACAUUUGUUUGGAUCGUAAAUUGCUACCUUAUGUGCGGUUAUGUUAUUGCACAUGCUCACGUCAUGUUUUCAGUUGCAGUUGCAUAAAUUGUGCAGUGCUUGUGAGUUGACAUCUUUAAAUGUUGUGCCAACUGACAGUCCAAAACUAAACAUAUUUCAUAAUUGAUCCUAAAACACAAAAAAGGUUAAUAGUGUUUUCAUAUUCAUAACUUAUAUAUUUCUUUGUCAAAAGAGCUCAAAGCUGCUUUUCACCUGCAACCCAAUGAAAAUACUAUCUGACACAUAAAGAGAUGCUUUGCCCCAGUGUCUUUAUAUCCAUUUCUCUUAAACUGUGACAGAAACCUGAAUGCCAAGCUGUGUCAGAUUAUGUCUUUAAGUGACAUGAGAUGGCUCAUGAGAAUUUGUAUUUUUUCUGUUUCCAUAAUCUUCACUACUGCAGGGUUUAUUUAACUACCAAUAACAAGGAAAACAGGGCUUCUGCUGUUUUGUACUGCGUUAGCACUUAAGAUUUGAGAAAUAGAUCAUGCCAUGUCUAUAACUGUCAACUGCAAGUGCUUUUGGUUAAUGCUUUAUGAUGUAUAAAAAAUAACAACACAUGCAGUUCACAUCAUAUGAGUUUUCAACAGAGACUGUCUGUUCCGCAGUGAAUAAUACUGUAACUGUGUCUUUCAUUAAAAGCUUAAUUUGCUGUUACAUUUUGUACAACAAGAUGUGAGCUGCAAGCAUGGUUCUUCCUUCAAGUGUGUGCCAACUUCUUUGUAAUGGUUUUUCAGUGUUUUGAAUUCAGGAUAUUGUCUAGUAUUGUGUUGUAUCUGUCUAACUACUGAUAGUGACAGGGGUUGCAUUCCUCUGUGCACUAUAGGAACAAACAGGUUAAUCACUCACGCAGACUCCUAAGACAACAAACUUGUUUUGCAUGGCUCACUUUAAAUAAACCAGAGGAGAGUUUGCACGGCAGAAUACCAUACUGACAAGCACUGUCUGUAUUUAAGCAGGAUGUUCAUAUAUACUAUAGUUUUUAAAUGCUUGGAUUUCCUUGAUAAUGCUUGAUAAAGAUAUAAAAAAAGGUAUCCAUCAUAUUUAGUCUUGCCUCUUACAGUCAGUUUCGUGUUCCUUAAAAACAAACAACUUGGCAACAGUUGUGUGGCUGGUGUUAAUCAGUUAAUGCGUGGCUAACUUAAGCAGAAAUAUCAGUGGAAUUGUAGUUUCUGGAAGCAUAUCAAUCCUUUAGCUCAUUGACACUUUAAUCACUGUCUGUCUGUCAUCGAUGUCCUCCACAGUAGCCGCGGUGUCUCCAAGAAGCUGUUUGCAGACUGUUUCGUAAUGUAUUAUUAUCAUGCCUGUAGUGUUUUAUUUCAUUCAUGUGCGUGCAUUUCAGAGUAGAAGUUUCAGACAGCGUCCGGAUUUAGACUUCAAUUUUUGUUCAGUUUACACUUUAAGAAUAUGUUUGUGCUCAGGCAUCUUUUCCUUUUCUGUGCAAGUCUGCUACUUUUCUCAGAUUCUGCUCCCCCUCUGCUAAAAUGAAGCCAAAUAACACAUGGGAUAGAAAUUUACUGAUACCUGUUUGUGGAAGCGUUUAGGCUUGUCACCAUUUAUCACAGCUGCAUUUUUAGUGUCUCCUUCAAUCUAUCUUAGCAAGGACAGGACAGGACCUUGAUGAGUAAAGCAGCCAGACUCAGAGGGAGGGAGGAAGUGUGAUAGCAGCAUGCAGGCCUCCCAUACUCCUGCCCUGCAUGUGGUUCAAACCAGUCAACAGUUUGUGCAAGAUUUAGACCAAAUGUGGUUAGGGAUGUAUCCAUCCGACCACAUGUGGAGGCAGCUCUGCAGAACACCACCAGAGAUGUUGUCUGCCUAUGAGAGAAUGAUUGGAAGUAGGUAGAUGUUGAUAGAAGUGUUGUUGUAGCCGCGCAGUCUAUAUGGUAAUUGGAUAACCAGGUAAGGGGAGAUGGGACCCAGGUCGCAAGGAUGAUGAGGGUUCUGUCCGGGCCCGCCUUUUAAGGCUUCUGUGCGUCUGUGUGUUUGUGUGAGUCUCUGUGUGUGUAUUUGGGACUGCAGAGGAAGGGCAAUAUGAUCCAUGUAGGAUUCAGGGGCCCACACACAAGGUCCUACAGAGAUCUGGCAGUGAAAUUCAAGAUGGCCAGUUGGAGAGUGAAAAGGGGGAGAGGGGGGGACAGGGGGUCGAUUCAUUUGUGAAUCCCGGAUGUACGUUUCAUUUGUGAAUCUUGUUUUUGGCAUCCAGUUGGUUGUUCUUACAAGCAUGUAAGUGAAGUCCUUAUCUAGUUCAAGGAUCAGGGCUGUUAAAAUCUAUUCAGUGGACUUCAGAUAUUGUCCCCUCUUUGACUGUGACAGUCCCUUAUUUUUGCACAGUCUGUUGAUUAUCCCUCAGUGUUUUCUAACUGUUUGAAGACUUCCUGCAGUAGGAAUAACCGUAUCAGUUUGUUUAUUUUUUGAUUAGCCCGAUGAAGACGUAAACACAUAUGCUCAUAUUAGCUUUGUUGGGGAAGCAAAUCAAGUCCUGUGUGCAUAUUUUUCAUGCUGCUACAUGCCUAUCUUUACUUGUAGUUGGUUUAAAAAAUGAAGAUCCCCGGGGCUAAAGAGAAGGGCUUUUUCCAAGGCUUUUUUUCUUGAGGUUACACUCGUGCAGACACAGACAAAGCCAUGCAACUGCCAUGAGGGAUGUAUGUUGCAAUUACCCUAUAGUUAGUACAAACUGUUUAAAAUCAGCGUGUACACAUCAUUAUAUUAAUAUCUUGAAAAGUUUAUUUUGGCUGUUUGGUUUAGUUAUUCAAAAAGGCCUGAUUGCAAACUUGAUCUGGAAUUUAAAAAAAAAAAUUAGACCUUUACAAGUGAAACAUUUUUAAGAUUGACUUUGUUGAACCUAAAUGUCUUCAGCAGAUUUUUAUUUUAAGAUAUCACAAAUUAAACAGUCUGCAGCCAGCUCUUUAACUGUAAAGAAUCUCUGAGUUUUUGUUUUUUUUUACUGUUAUUUAGAUUACUAAAAGAUUUUUUUGUUUUCACAGCGACCUAAGCAUGAACAACAUCACUGAGCUCCCAGCCACUGUCUUCAAGAACUUCCCCUAUCUGGAGGAACUGUGAGUACAUGCCCAACUUUUUUUUUUCUUCUCUACUUAAUGAUGUAUUUACUCUCUGCAAUGUUGACAUGAGGGCCAGGCUUCAUGAUAUGCACCUGGGUGUUUGAGUUUGCACUGCAAAACACACAGCAGAGGUGCACACAACAGGCCCUUCUCCUCCACUGAAGAGGAUAAGCUCUGAAUUACAUGAGGUCACAAAUCACUCACCAUUCUUGAAUUGAACUAGGGCAGUUAUAAAAGGUGCAGUAAAGCUAAAUUAAAAAGGUGAGGUGUGACAACAUGCAUUGAAGCAGCAGUCAUGUGACAUCGUGUGAGGAUUUUUGCUUUUAAGGGAUUAUCAGGGUGGCAACAGCACAUCUAUGCUCUGGGGCUUAUGUUGAGUGGCGUACAUCUAAUCUUAGUGGGUGUUUGUUAUUUCUUCACUCUUUAAAUACUCUGCUGUCUGGCUUGGUGCUGCUGGGGAGUCGGAGAUAAAAUCUGUCUACCUUGUAUCAGGUAACAUGCAGCCUUGAGAAAACAAAAUGACCAGUGAGUGAACACACUCCAGCGGUUCCAGCUCCACUUAGCCUCUGGGGUCAUGUUUUUUCGGCUCUUGGGCAUCUUUCAGCCGGCCGCGUCUUCACCCUCUUCUUUUCCAUACACCACUCCAAUCUGCUUUGUCGAAAAAGGCAAUUUACUUUUCAUCGCAUUGUGCAGAGGAAUGCAAGGCAGGGCGGAAGAGGGCAAAACAAUAGUUUCCAUGGCAACAAGGCAAAGAAACCCACCUAGUCUUGCUGUAAAAUCUUAAAUCAAAAUAAUGGAUGGACUGUUUUAGGAGUGUCUGAGUGUCUGUUUUUGACAGAGGGAGCUUUGAUUGACAUUUACCCGUAGUUCAUAUGUGUGUUAGUUUAACCUUUUCUCCGGAGAACAAAUCUGCAGACUUGUCUUAGUGAACUUUGGGGGGUGACUUUUUUUGCUGCGGGGCUGCAGCAGUUUCAGUGAACCAGAGUGUGGGCCCUUAGGGCAAAGACAGCGAGAAAGAGUUGACAGAGAAAAAGAUCAGGGAGAGACGAGCGAACAGGCCAUCCUCAUGCAGGACAGGAGCAGAGACAAGGAAGGAAUAUUCCCUCCUUCGUAGUCACGCAAUCUCCUUUCCUUGCUUUUCUCUCCUGCCAAAGGCACUACAAAGCUCAACAGAGGUGAUGACAGGUCCUUUCUGUCUUCUUUGCAGUAUGUUUAUAUUCCUGAAAAUAAGCUGUGACCGAUUGGCACCCUUUGUAACUACAGUGAGUUUUGGUAAUGACAGCUGGGUCUGUCUGCUGCUGUCUAUAUUUUGCAUUCUGUUGACAGAGUGAUUUUAAAACAUAUAUGAUGUUUAUUGUUAUUGUGUCUUGCUGUUUUGAAAAUUUCUUUUAGAAAUAUAAUUGUCAUGUUAGACUUUAUUUAUGUCAUUUAGCAUCUCGGUAUUUUUUAAGUCAAUCAAAUUGCACCAUUUUCAAUAAAACUUGUUCAUGUCUAAAAUGAACUUUUUUCUGUCCUGCUAUUUUUAAAUUUGUAUGAACCCAGCUGAGUUAUAAAUGCCACCAUACAAAAUCAAUAAAGAUUUAAUCUUUGCCUUGGAAUAAUAGAAUAACCAAAUAGUAAAUCUAACAACAAAAGGUACAAGUAAUUUUGCAGAACAGUUUUGAAUAUGCGCAGAACUAAAGGUCAUAUACAAGCUAUACAACUGCUACCUGUGAAACACGAGAUUUGGGUGCUGCAAGUCACCAUCAGAGUUGUUUGUGAAGCAUAUCUUCAAAGUAGUAUGACUCUAGUUAGCUACAUUCGCUCUCGGUCAGGCAAAUUUUGCUUUUAGUGCACAUGGCUGAUGUAAACACAGACGGACAUAAAACUGAGAUGAGUAGGUCUGCUGUAAGUAUUGUUCCUUUGCCACAGGUGUAUGCAAUCAAGCCUUUACGGUCAGUAUCUAGUAGGGCCCGAUCGAUAUGGAUUUUUUGGGGCCGAUACUGAUUUCUAAGGGGUAAAAAAAAUUGGAUUACCGAUUAAUCUGCCUAUUAUUAAGUUAUAAAAAUAUAUAUAAAUACUGUAGAUAUCUACAGUAUACUUUAGGCUGCUGUUCUUCACGCCGACAGGAAGACCAACUGAUCAAACUCGGAACAGAAAAGCGUUUUCACCCCCACCCCACCCCCAACCCCAUGAGGUGAGGUAGUUCGUGGAUGAAGAUUGUCAUGAGGUCGCUGUGCCUUCUACAGGAUAAGUCGGAGGGUCUUUUCAAAUCGCGGAACAUUUUCAAAGUGAAACCGAAUCUUAUUCUCUGCUUUUUAUUUCUGAAAAUAUCGGCGAAAAUCUGCGAGUUUUGGCCGAUUACUGAUUGGUUUCAAAUGGGCUAAAAUUGGCCCGAUUUAAUCGGUCAAACCCUAGUAUCUAGUCCCUACGUACUAGGACUGGAUAGGUACAUCCAUACAGAGCUGAAAUUUUUUGUUGUUACUCUCAUAGUGAGCAUACACUAAACUGCAGAGCUUUUUUGACAAACAUACACCAAAACAACAAAAAAUCUUUUGUCUAUCCAUCAAUCAUUUAUUUAUAUUGUUAUUUAGGUUAAAUGCACUUAAGGAAUGAUAGACAAGUUUUCUCCAAGUGUUUGUGAGAACACAUAGUCACAUCUUUACAUUGUCUUCAAUCAGAGAACUAUCAGAGCUAAACAGGCGCUAAAUGAUCUUGCAUUUGACCAUCACAUUUGCAAUGUGCCCGUGUACAUUUUUCACAUUGCAGGAUCCAUGGUGUCAGUCAUAUGACCCCAAGCACAUCAUGCUGUCACCACUUCCUGGUUGUACAUAAUCUACAACAAACAUCUAUUCAACCUCACUUUAGUGGAGUCCCUUACUCUAAAUAGAGCUGACCAUUGUGCAUGCAGAGUCAGUAUCUGUGUGUCUCAUGACUGUUAGACAUGCAUGUGAAGGCUGCUGCUUUUACACAUAUAGGUUUUUCUCUCAAUUAAGAAGACACUAUCCAGGCUUAUGUCAGAAACCAGUGUCUCUUUUUAAUAAUGUCAUUUGUAUUGCAGAAAUGAAGAUACGUACGUGUCAGUUUUUGUGUAGGUAUUAUGUAGCUCUACACUGAACUACUUAUUUCACAUUUCAAUACUGCAGAGCUAAAACUAAAAUCUAAGCAGUAUUUUUAUGAAAAAUUGACCAUAAGUUUUUCUUUUCUGUAACCAAGUCUCUUUUUUUAAGAGAAUAACUACUGAUGUCUGUAAUAUGAUCAUUUUUAAAUGGCAAAUUUGAACUAUGAAUUGAACUCUCCUGCUUAUGAUAGCCACCAUUACCAGCCUGGAUACAAAAAGGUGUGUAUUGUACAUGUGUAAGCAUGUUGUGGGGAACGGGUGCUUGUUUUGGUUUUGCCUCAGUCAUUUCCUAAAUAGAAAAUCAAACUACAUUGUUGGGGUAGAAUUUGAAGCCCAAAGAUUUUUCCCCCCGAGGAAGUAAACAAAUCAUGUUUGUAGCAAUUAACUGUUGUCAAAGUGCACGGAGGGGCUCUUGGUGGAUUUGUUAUUCACAAAGGUAGACCUGUGGGAGUGGUGUUGCUCAAGGAGAGGAUUUAGCCUUUUCUCAAUGAGAUUUAGCACAUUCUUCUGCCCUCCUCAAAGCCUGGGGGGAACAUGUAAUGAAUUGGCCAAAGAAAGGAAGAUGGGGAGAAGCUCUUUUUGUUGUGAUACCUGAAGGAUAUCUGGAUGAUCUGUCAGACCAUGUUAGAAUUGGUUUUAAGCAGCUUAUGACUAUGACUGCAAGUUGUGGGUUGAGUGAGUUUUCAUAGAGAUAAGUCUUAUUGAAUUAGCCUGGUUGGUCACUAUCUGUUGGAAAUCAACAAGAGUGACUCAGCAGCUAGAGACACGAUUCGUGCCAUUUUUAAUUUGUGGGCGUCCGUAUGCGUGUGACAGCUUGUAAUGUAGUCACGGCUGUAAUUGAGGAUUACAGAUCUUGAAAUAAAGUCAUAAGACAUCCUGUUGACAAACUGUGGUUGGGUUGAGCCAUUGAUGAGUUGAUUUAGUGUUGUGAAAAAUGUCAUUCAGCCUUGGAAGUUUCUGGGGGGUUUGUCUCAAAGCCAAGUCAUUCUGCAUUAACAGUCCUCUGGAACAUGUCGCAACUUCUUUUGGUAAUUUGACAGUUUUAAAACUGUGAACAGGGUCUGUGAUUGGCUGAAAUUACUUUUUAGAGUGGGUUCAGAGCAGUUGGUUUUGAUUUCUUAUUUUAAAGUACGAUAGUCUACAGCAUUUAGGAUCAUUAUAAACCCAUUUUAGCCAAAAGGCUUUGAUAAGGGUUUCACCGUAAGACUUUGCUGUAUUGUUGUAGUUCACAUUUAACAAACAGUAACAUGUUUUCUUAUUAGAAGGGCAGGUCUCUGGUACUAGGUGGAUAACAAGCCUUUUGUUGUUGUAACAUUAUAAUGCAAACUAUGAAAGGUACAACUUUUGCUUUCACGGAAGAGGGGGGAAUAUGUUUGUUGGAUUUGGCCCACAGGCCACUAUUUGCAUACCACUGGCACACAGUAUACUUAAGGAACAGGUUAUUCAGUAACCGCGCUCACAGUUAUUUAUACUUGCUCACUUACAGUUCUGAAGAAUGGAAUACCUCUGUAAUUUAGUGGCGUUUAUGAAAUACAAAUUAAGGAGCAGUUUUAAGUCGACGUGAAGGUUGAACACAGUCAGCCUCCAUUCCCAGGCUCACACCCAGCAGCUCUUAUUGCAAGGAACUCUGCAUUGCUUGACUCAAGUUGCAGCGAUAAAUCUGUCGCUAAUCUCUUAGGCCAGAUAGUAUACUCGCGCUGUGUCACAGUCAGCAUGUCCCAUGCUUAUUUACACCCCUAUUUCCUGCACUUCCUGUUCCCAACAGGAAAGGGAGGUGUCCCCUCAGCCUGAAGUAAUCCAUGCAGGGACUGAUGCAGGUCCCUGUUGAUGAAUGUUCUGAGUGUGUUUCAAGGCAAACCUGCUUGUAUUAGCCUCAAACAAAUAGAUAAAUCAGUAUUUCACUCUGCCCUGUACAGUGGUAGUUGUGAGGCUCAGAAAGGGAUCACAGUAGGGGAUAUCUAGGAACUGUUCUAAUCUCUUGUGGGUGUCAGACGAUGUGACAACAGGCCGUGGCACAGACACAUGUCUUUGACACCCCUGGCUCCGUGUUCAGCCACAGUCCUGGAAUCUAAUCUGCUGAGAGACCGGGUGUGAAGAAGUUCUCAACACUGUGCAUUCCUCUAUCAGGAAUGAUAUAUUCCCUAUUGUUCCUGCUGGGUGGAAAAUGUUACCAUUAGCCUCCAAAUAUGAAGGAAGUUUUCAAAAUCUUUGUCCCUGUCUUUUCCUACAGACGACUUGCAGGGAAUGACCUGUCAUUCAUCCACCCCGAAGCCCUGUCUGGACUGUCUCAGCUCAAAGUCCUGUAAGCACGCACCCUGCCUGCCACCACCACCACUGUCAACACACACAAACACACACCCAAGGCUGUGACAGUGUGAAGUUUUCCACACACUGGGAACGAAAUGCCUUUUUACUGCAUACCAAACACCGUUAUAAAAUUGACAAAGUAGACCUGAUGCACUUUCCAUCUCUUCUCAGGCAGUAUUUGUGAGGGGAAAAAAAACGAUGCCAUAAAGUCUGAUGCAAACCUGUUGUAAAAACUUGCAUGGCCAAAAUCACUUCUUCAGCACAGCCUGGAGUGCUUACACAGAUGCAAAUAUGUUGACAGACAUACAGAGUGUGACAUGGUUGAUUCUGCAUUGGGCCAAAAGUUCAAAUCCUGUUGAUGUACUGGUGAGGUGUUGGUUCCAGGACUGAAAAUCAAGUGCUGUUUUUAGACUUUUACUUGUCAGUGCUCUAACUUGUCAAUGCUCGUAAGUAAUCUGACGACAUGUACCUCAGACGAACUCAUCGAAACAGCUUUAGGUCUGUUUUUUACACAUAGACUCCCAUCUGACUAACAUUCACAGUUUUACCUGUCUGACAGAAAGCACACCUCCUGAAAUGAAGCAAAAAAGUGAAUCUCAGACUUCUUUAAAAGUCGCUUUAUGUUUGGAGUGUCCCUGUUAGUUUGGCAGCACUUAGUAGGAGACUUCUCUGUUGUUUGUUUUUGUUUCCAUUGUCAAAAUGCAAGACUGGAAGAUUCAGGAAAAUUUCAUGAAGCCAGUUUGAAAGGGAGUAAAUUGACAAAAACCACACCACAUGGAGGAAACCUUUUGAAAGUUACAUAGAUACAAUUGCAUAUAUCUUAUAUACACUUAUAUAUUUUAUAUAUUUUUUAUUCCUGGUGCAAGAGAAAGUGUUAGUAGAGCUAAAUUUGAAAUAAUCAUGUUACCAUUACAGGAUGCUCCAGAAUAAUCAGCUGAAGACUGUACCGAGUGAGGCCCUGAAAAACCUUCUCUCUCUCCAGUCUCUGUAAGUCUUAUUUGCACACACACAAACACACACAAACACACACACACACACAUACAUAUAUACACAUUAGAAUGCCUAUGCCAGUGUAGGGUAUUUUUUGUUCAAAUAGCCCUUAAGUACUCAUCAAACCUGUUCUUGGUCCAGGAAUCACUUAGUGGUGUUGUACCAGAUAUGGGAUUUAUGUACUUUCAAAAUACUUUUUAAUACGGUAAUUGCCACGUAGGCAUCAGGAUCUACCCGCACCUUUAAAAACAACAUGUUUUUUAGUACGCAAUAAUAUGUUUUGACCCUGUAUGUCACACAUGUCUAUAAAAAAGCUUUCUCUCUUAAAUUCCUGGACGGACAGAGAAGGAGCUGCAGUCAUCAGUGAAGCCGUCAGAGUUAGUGCUGCAGUACAUUUACACAGCCCUCUGUUAGCCAUGAAGAUAACUCAGAAUUUACAGGCAAGAGAAACGUUAACAUAGAGGUCAAAGUUCUCUCAGAGUAUUUGAAUUUUUUCUGUAUGAUUGUAAUGUUGCCAUGUAGGUCUUAGUAUCAUCUUAAAGCACUUCUGUGUAUAAUGUAACAGAGGUGUUAGUGAGGCUGUCGACUGUUCGUCUUGAUUUAAUUAGAAAAUUACAGCCAGUAUGCAGAAAAAUGAACUUAAACAGUUAUUAUUAAACCCAAAUUAAUUUUACAGCAUGUGCAUGUUGACCCUAGGAGUUCAUACAGAAACACGAAAACUCUUCAUGCUGAGGUUUGUAGAACCUGAGCUCCAUGCGGAGGCUCAUCAUCUUGCACUACUGAAAACUAUACUAAACUAUACUAAACGAUAGUACUUUUAAGCUAAGAAUAACCUAAGGGUAUUCUGUCUAUUUAAGAAAGGUCUGAUAUAAUUUAGGUGCAUUUCUAUACAUACCACACAUAUCACUGAUGAUGUUGUGUUGCAGAUUUAGGUCAGUCUUUUUCUGGAGAUUUCUCUUUUCAUAAUGUACCUCUGAUUUUCUGUUUUACCUGUAACUGUCAUUAUUUUCACUAUUUCUUAAGCCACUUCCUUCGGUCUAAGAUCUUUUUUUCAUGGACUGCUGAAUGUCUGUUUCAUUAGACCCUUACAUGUACAUAUCUCUAUUUGUGCCACCUUCCUCCACCACUGUGGCUUUUGAGUUUGACAGGGACUAAUGGAGGAAUGAAUCCAGCUGGAGGGACGUGCUGAAAAUCCAGCUUUCAGCUAUUAUCACCGCUCUGUAUCCCACCCCUUGUCCCUUACUUCCCCUCUUUUUUCCUGCGCUCUUCUUUCUUUUUAGCAGAUGUCUUUUCUCUGUGAGGGUUUUAAGGUCUGUAGCUGAAGUAAUAUGCUUUGGCAGAGCCAGGACUUGGUUUGUAUAAAGCCUUAGAGAGCUAAAUGUCAAUCAAGACUGUUUUUCUUCCAGCCCAGACACUUGAGGAAUUUUGAGGGAGGGCGAGACACUUUGUGAGGGAGGAUAGUCAGAAGAAAUAGUGUGGUGAUGGUGGAAAGAACACUUGUGCAUUCAUGAUAUUGCUCAUCUAAAAAAUACUCCUUUUUACCGUCAAAUGAAUAGCCUCUGUUGAUUACUACAUCAGUUGUAGUGUCUCUACUUUGACAGUCAUCUGGAAGCAUCAAAGAUUAGCUUAUCUAAAUAACUACAUCUGCUCUGUCAUAGGUUUAAUUCUGUGGAUUUACCAAAUGUAUUCACUUGAAUUACAGUCACUAUCAGUCAUGUCAUCCUCAUAAUGUUAACAAGGUUAUUGCAUGUAAAGUCCAUGUGAAGAAGCUUGCUUAAGUGGAAGAUUUCAGGUCUCUCAGUGAUUCUCAGAGCUUAAAAUUAGGUGAGUAAUCAAGAAACGUCAUUGCGCUGGUUUGUAACGAUCAAGCAGACGAUGCUGAUAAACAGUAACAGUGGGAAAAAAAAACACCUUUUAAUCUUUACGAGUCUAAACCCAUGCUUUUGUGAUGAUCAAAGAAUAAGACGAGUCAAGAUGGAGAGCUUCUGCUACGCUAAUAUUCAUGCACAUUAGGAGCAGCAUCUGAUCGAUCCUGAUACUUUUAUUCAGUGCUUAAAAAGGCGAUGAAAUUCUGGUGAUUAGAUAAGAUUAAGCAAAUCUCAGAAAAGUCUGUACGGACUUUAAGACAUGUAUUUGAUGGCAAGAGGAUGGCAUCAUCUCCAGGUAGCACGAUAGUUUAAUUGUGUCACGCCUUUUCUGUGUUUCUGUCUUGGGCAGGCGCCUGGAUGCCAACCACAUAACCACAGUACCAGAUGACAGCUUUGAGGGCCUGCAGCAGCUGCGCCACCUGUGGUUGGAUGAUAACAACCUGACUGAGGUCCCCAUCGCUUCCCUGAGACACCAGGCAAACCUUCAGGCUCUUACGUUGGCGCUCAACCGCAUCUCGUACAUACCAGACAACUCCUUCGCAAACCUCACCAGUCUUGUUGUGCUGUAAGUUAUAUUUAGUGAUUGUUCUAUUUUGGGUUGUGGGUUAAAUUUGCACAGGACUGAUGAAGUACAACUCGAUGUAGAUGAUGUGUUAUUUUAUAUUUUGACCAUUCAGCUUGAUGCACUGGUGUUUUUAGGUUGACAAAAAAAAAACACUGACAAUACGAGUGUUUUUGAGUCAGGUUAUGAAAAUAAAUUUAUUCCUAAAAUCAGUGUUAUUUAGACUAUUAUACAGUAUGGUACUGGGAGAAGGGGGCUUUUGAUGGGUUUCCAUUAAAAAAUACAUAAUUCAUGUCAUAAACAUAUUCAUCAUCCUUCAGGUGAAAUUCCCAAAAGAGGCAGACCGAUUUAGCUUUCAGUCAUUUUGGAAAUACACUAAAUAACUCAGCAGGAAAAACCUGCUGGUGUACUUUUUAAAAAGUUAAUUAACCAGAUGCACUGACUGACUGAGAACAUUCUCGUGUUAACUGAAAUGACCUGAGGGAGUAGCAGAAGAAGUGACUGUCACUGCGUGUUAAAGAGCGGAGGAUAUUUUUCAAGUUGAAAGCAAACACAUGCACAUUUUCUGCAGCGUGUCUGAGUAGUUAAAUGUGCCUGGAGUUUUUGAGCCAUGCUGUGUCGUCAGUGAAUACUUAAUCAUGUUUGUAGAUUUUUCUGGUUACUUUUUUUUCCCGAUAAAACAAUUUCAAAUCUUCUCCUUACUUGUCUGCUUUUGUUUCCAUCCAGUCAGAGAAAUAUGACUGUCCAGCUGUUUCUACCCUUAAAAACAAACUGUAAUUCCUUUUCUUUUCAUUCAUCUACAUUAUUCUGUCACCACAAAUCAAUGCAAAGUACCUCUCCUUGUGCUCUGCUCUGUAUCCUCAGAGCGACUGCAAAUCAAAUCCCAAACACAAACCAUACUGUCGUAUUUUUUUUCCACAGCUCACUCUUAAUAGGUCAACAAGAUAGGUUUCUGCUCAUACCCUGCUUUGCAUUUAAGUACAGGCACUUGGGCAGUGAAACCUUCUAUCGAGGUUGAAAUUCAAACAUUUUGAUACUUUGCAGAAGUUGCUCAACACUAUAUAUUGAUGCAAAACAAGUUUAUCCUGUUACUUUCUGCAUAGUGGAAAUGCUUAAAUGCUCCACAAGGAGACCUUUUACAAAUAUGUGGUGCAUUACGAAUCUGGGGGAUUGUUCCAAACAUAGAUUUUUUUUUUCCCCUGCUCACAUAAACAACCACACAGACUCACACACACAUUGAGUAGUAUUACUGCAGGGUAAGUAUAAACAUAUAAGAAUAAACAGGAAAGAAAGACCUUAAAUCUAUUAGGCAAUGGAAGCCGUCUGCAUAUACACAUACAGCAUAGAAAUCCGAUUCACCAAUCGUACUCUAUUGGUGAAGAAACAUUUGUGGAACCUUUCAGAGGACUGGAAUGAAACCCAUGAUGAAUUUCAAAGAUAAUUUUUUUAUCUGUCAUGGUUUGAGAAUCUCACAGAUGUGUGUUUGUUUCUCCAGGCAUCUCCAUAACAACAGAAUUAAGGGGAUAGGAGACAACUGCUUUGCCGGUCUCACAAACCUGGAGACUCUGUAAGUGAGCAUUCAUACAGUAGUUGACGUAUGUGUGUGUGUGUAUGUGCUUAUCAGUUUGUGUGUGUUUGUGUGUGCUAACAGCUCCCCCACCCUCCUCUGCUCCGGUCCUCCAGACAUCAUUGUGUCAGCUUCCGCCUUUAAUUGCUCUAGGAUAAAUAGAGCAAAGUACACGAUGCUUAUCAAGUCUGCCCUCCCACUGUUCACUUCCUUCUGCCACACAGCCAUGAAAAAGCUUUUGGUGACAGACGUACCUAAUGGUGAAGUCCUCUGCACAAAACGUAGCGCUCAUGAGAUUAAAGACGCCUUUUUAUUUUGUAUUUCCUGCUCCAGAUUCCAGACUUAGUACCUGGUGUUACUCUGGCUGAUCCUGUAUUUUUGUUUAAACCCCAGCACAGUGGAAACUUAGUCACAAGUAGGCCUUUAUUAAAUCUAGAAGAAGCAUGACUGCUUUAUGUCAUGACAGAAUACUGAAGUUCAACUGUUAACAGUGCAGCUGACUCGUGUUCCGUUUUGCAGCUGGUUAAAAAAUCAAAACACUUAAUCGUCUGUAAGGAAAACAUCAUUUAAUCUGCUUAUAAAUUGUUUGUAUUUUUGUUGUGCAGAAAUAUUAAUAAUUCAACGAUGAGUCAAUGAACAGACAGUUAACUACCUUCUGUUUUCUCAUUGUUUAUUUGAUUUAUAAAGGUAAAUUGCCUGACUUUUUUCCUUAAUUUGAAUUUUCAUUAGAGAGGUGAGCAUUAGUUCUAUUGUGUUCCUGUGUAUACUGAAGAUAUUUCAGUGUCAGACAUGUUGACUCAAUAGGCAUUGUAAAGAUAGGCCCAGAAAGUUUUUGCUUAGUCUAAUUUCAACACAAACCAAAUUUCUUCCACAGUAUCAAAAAUAAUCAACAUAUUUAUGAAUGAAAAUCAUGAACUACAGUGUUUUUUUCUGAUUCAUACAGGAUUUGAACAGAUUAGGACUUUUUCAGUAGCCUCAUGCUCCUGUGGAAUAGUGCACGCAGUAUCUGUUACUGUGCUGAUAUAUUUACAUCAAGUAUUUGCUCUGUUACUGCUGUUAAAGACUUAAUUAUUCAGCUUUUUUAGCAUGUAAUUUAAUUUGUUAUAAGGUUUAAAAAACUGCCAGUCAUCCUAGUAAGUAGUUAUACGUGUGUGACUUGUUGCUGACUGAGAAUGCUUAACUGUUUUUUUUUUUAUUACCCAAAGUACCAUUAAUAAGUAUUUUUAAGAGGGCUGGGGUUUCUUUAUACACAGAAUGCAAAAAAGAGUACCAACUUCCUGUUUGUCUCUCUCUGUCUCAUCCUAGAGAUCUUAACUUCAACAACCUGAUGGUGUUUCCCAAAGCAAUUCAGGCCCUGCCCAAACUCAAAGAACUGUGAGUAUAUCUUCACCACUGUGGAGACAGAUUCUGCUCCAGCAUAUUACUCUAUACUUGACACAAUUCAAGGAUCAGUGAACUCAUUAGAGUAAAAAGUAGGCUUGGCAACAGCUUUUUAAUGUGAUUUACACAAGACAGAUAUCUGACAAAGUAGCUCUGGUGUAAAUAGUACAAGAAAUUUUUGCGUGUUUUCUUUAACUUGCGAAGUACAUACUGAGAAAAGUGUCUUUACACUGUCUCUAUGAUCUUUUUUCCUGCAGUGGAUUUCACACCAACGAUAUCGCUUCAAUACCUGAGGGGGCCUUUCAUAACAAUCCCCUGCUGAGAACCAUGUAAGGUCAAACUCCUCUACUGAUUCACUGAGAAACAAAAAUAGCACUAGUAUCUCAAAUUUGUAUGUGCAUAAUGUACUGGUUGUCUUUUCGCAAGUACAUGUCAGUAGGGCUGUAUGCUGGUAGGAGAUAGGAAUAUGAGGCUUCAGUAGAUGAAUGUCCAGAAGAUGGUGCCAUUCUCGCAUAGUAAAUGAUUUUGGUUUGAUCUCUUCCCCUCUGUUCCUGCUGCCCGCCCAGACAUCUCUAUGACAACCCUCUGUCCUUUGUGGGGGCUUCAGCUUUCCAGAAUUUGUCUGACCUGCACUCCCUGUAAGUCCCGCUGUCAAAGAUACAACAACUCUGAAGUUCUUUGCGGGGAUUUGACUUUAAUUACCAUGUGUGUUUUUUAGGAUGUUGCGAGGGGCCAGCAUGAUGCAGGACUUCCCCAUCCUUACGUGGACUAACAACCUUGAGAGCCUGUGAGUGAACAGGGUUUGCAGCAUCUGUCCCUUCUCCUGCUUUUGUGCGUCAAAGUAGUGACUAACUGUGCUUUCUAUUUUUCAGAACCCUGUCAGGAACAAAGAUAUCGUCCAUCCCUGCUGAUCUGUGUGAGGAUCUCAAGCUGCUUCGGACACUGUAAGAGACUUCCUUUCACAUGAAACAGUGAAUAAAUAAAAACAAAAAUACGGUUUAAACUCUGAAAUAAUGUUGAAUCCUGUUAUUGCUGAAAUGUGGCACAGUAGACAAAAUGAUAAAAUGCAUGUGUCAGGUAAAUGUUGAAGCUUUUUGUGUUGUGUUGUCCAUCAGAGACCUGUCUUACAAUGAGAUCAAGGAGCUACCUUCCUUCAUGGGCUGUUCACGACUGCAGGAGAUGUAAGUGAUAAGAAUAAUGUGGCCUGAAGGCUAUUGAUAUACUCUGAUCAGUCAUAGCAAUAUGACCACCUGACUAAUAUCAUGAAGCUCCCUCCCCAUGAGACACAGACUUCACUGAAUCUCUGUGGUUGGGAUUCACACUGUAAAGAGAUCAUGAGUGUCAGGGGUCAUAAUGUCAUGGCUGAUUGGCAUAAAAGAAUAGAUAACUUAUCCAAUAAAGGUGACAGUUUGCUUGAUUUUAAUCUUCUGAAUUUGUUUUUCAAUUUGUAGAAGCUUCCAGCACAACAGAAUUGAACAGAUUGACAGAGACACUUUCCAAGGCCUCUCUGCUCUCCGUCUACUGUAAGUGCAGUCAGUCACACAUAGCGACACGCAGUAUCACUUUAGCAGCUUCGAAAACAAACGCUUGUCGUCUGGGUUGUAAAUUCAUUACGUUGUGAUUCUACACAGAGACCUGAGUAGAAAUGAAAUCCGAGUGAUCCACAGAGAAGCUUUCCUCACCCUCAGUGCACUCACCAACCUGUGAGUAUAACCCACUUUACAUCAUGAUCAACACAGUACAAAAAAAUAAAAACGUUUGUUUGAUUUACUCAUUGUUUUUCUGCUGUUGUUUUCCUUUUGCUUUAGUGACCUGAGUAUGAACUCUCUGACUGCAAUUCCAACCACUGGACUAAGUGCACUCAGUCAGUUAAAACUUUCAGGGAACCCACAAAUGAAAAAUUUGCUGACCGGUAAAAAUCUGCCCAAACUCAGGUGAGGAACAACUGUCAUUGUCUGCUGUCACUUUCAUUUAUAUGCACUGAUAGAUCAUAUUUUCUUGUAAUGAAACUUCGUCGCUUGUAGAUUAGAUUAGAUUAGAUUAGAUUAGAUUAGAUUAGAUUAUAGCAAUGUCUGAUUGUGCAGUGUUUUUGCAUCCGAAAAACUUGUGAAAAUUUGUAAAUGGACUGAAAAAAAGAAAACGAGGGAGUGACUGAAACUGAUUUGACAAACGAAAUAAAGUUGGCAUCCCAAAAAAAAAAAAGAUUUUCUCGCUAACCAGUUUUACAAGAUUACAAGUACGUGGCAAAAUGGCCGAAUUACAGACAUAAUCUCCAACUUUUCUUUCCAUGUGAUGAGGAAAACAGUCCCAUCUGUUUUCUUAGCAGUUGUCAGUUCACUAUGGAAACAUCCAAAUAUUAUUGUUGAAAAACACAAGGGUAUAAUAUUUCAGACAAAUACCUAAUUUAUCCUUUUCUCUCUAUGGGAUUGAGAUUAUGGUCCAUCUGCGUUAUCAAUCUAGGAUUUAAACAGGAUGUUGACAGCUUUCUUAACAAUCAUUUGUUGUUUAUUUGUAGGUCCAUCUCAGUCCCUUAUGCCUACCAGUGCUGCGCGUUUGUCGGCUGCGACUCGAUGACGAGUUCCUCUUCAGAAAGUGACGUAAAGAAAUUUACAGGUAGAUACAACAUUUUAACACAGCGCUUCCUUCUCGACUUCCUUUUAUAAAAAUGGAGAUUGUACAGAUAAAAAUUUUUUAAAAGAAAAAGAAUCUGUUUUUUGUUUCUAUCUCUGAUCUCGUGCUGAUGUAACAACUACACCUGCUAUUCAAACCUGAUUGAUUUAUUUUUUCAGUCCAAUAUGUUGGAGAACUGAGUGUUUUUAUGUUUGUUUAUUGUGUUUUUGUUUUACUUUGUAAAGCACUUUAGUCAACACUUGCUCCUGUUAUAAAUAUUAUUAUUAUUAUUAUUAUUAUUGUUGUUGUUGUUGUUAUUUUUAUUAUUUUAUAUGAAGUAGACAAGGUUUUUAUUGUAUUUUAGUUCCACUGGUGCCCUGAUGAAGAGUACCAAUGGUGUGCUAAGUUUGACUAUAAGAUGUGUUACAUCAAUCCUUUUUGUUUUUAUGGGCAUCAAUUGAAGAAGUCACCAAAAAUCUGUUGUUUACAUGUGCAUUCAUGGUGCAUUUUACUGCUUUCUUGGACAAAACAUCACUGUUUUAUCCUUUUUUUUUAUAGAUAUCUGUAUUCUACAUUUUUUAAAAGUACCUUUAUUAAUUUUUAAUUUUAGGUGGGGAGGAUUUUGAAAGAAUCACAAUGAUUAUGCAUUGCACCCCGUCACCAGGUGAGCGUUGAACAGCUUUCAAAUCUGUCUCACUCUGUUUGUUUUGGUUUUUACUCAUCAUAUCUGAAGAGUUUUUAAAUGAUUCUGAGAAAUAACUUGAAAACUUGAAAAAAUCGUUUCUGCUUCCAGGAGCCUUCAAGCCGUGUGAACAUCUGCUGGGUAACUGGAUGAUCCGUCUGACGGUCUGGUUCAUCUGCCUGGUGUCCCUGAUCUUCAACAGCCUGGUGCUGGUGGUCACCUUCUCUCCCUCUCAUCGAGCUGUUGGCCACUCCCACUCCUUCACUCCACCUCUCUCUCCAGCCAGGCUGCUGAUGGGGCUGCUGGCUCUGGCCAACCUGCUCACAGGCCUGUAUGUCGGCGUGCUGACCAUGCUCGACAUUGCUACCUGGGGCUCUUUUGCAGAGUUCGGUGUGUGGUGGGAGAUGGGACCUGGCUGUAAGAUCACGGGAGCGUUAGCCGUCUUUUCCUCAGAGUGGGCAGUGUUAUUGUUGUCACUGGCUGCAGUGGAGCGCAGCGUGGCCGUACGGACGAUACUCAGGAAGGUCAUGUCACCCAGGAGGAACGGUGGCAGCAGUCGUGGCUGCUGGAGAGGAGACCGGCGCUUCAGUCUGGCUGCAGGACUCCUGGGCCUGCUUGCUGCUGUUGGAGCCUGCCUGGCUGUCCUUACCUCCAGUGACCAGUCCACAUCUCCUCUCUGCCUGCCACUCGCUGGUGGUGAGAGUCCAGCCCUGAGCGCUACCGUUGCUCUCGUUCUGCUCAACGCGUUGGCUUACCUGUUCACUGCAGCUGUAUACACACAACUUUACUGCUACCUUGGCAGGAUGGAGCUGGUAGAUCCAGAGCAGACAGGUGCCCUGCGACAUGUAGCCUGGCUCAUAUUCACCAACUGCAUCUUCUUCUGCCCUGUAGCAGCUUUUUCCUUCGCUCCUCUACUGACUGGUUACACAGCCGGGGGCCCAGAGAUAGCCAAGUCCGUCACUCUCAUUUUCUUCCCGUUGCCUGCGUGCCUGAACCCAGUGCUCUAUGUGUUCUUCAGCCCAACCUUCAGGGAGGACUGGCUGAGGCUACGUGGACGCGGAGGUUUGGGCAGGGAGGUGAAGAGCGGUGCUGAAAGUCACAGAGAUGAUGGCAGUGGAGGGUCAGAGCUCACAGACGGGGGCUCCUCCACUCACCUGGGCUUUGACUGUGGGAUGUACACGCAGCUUUGUGGAGAAACGGUUGUAUGUGAGCAGUGCGAAGCAGCACUGCAUGCCAGGACCUGCUCCUCUCCCUCGUCUUCUUCAGUCUGUAGACAGUUGGUGAAGUCUCACAGCUGUCCCACCCUCCUAGCAGGAGCGGCUUUGUGCCAGCGUACUGAGGGGUUUUGGGCAGACAGCAGCACACCUUCAGCUCAGUCUGAAUAUGCAGACGAAGGAGACUCAUUUGUGUCGGACAGCUCAGACCAGGUUCAGGCCUGCGGUCGAGCCUGCUUCUGUCAGAGCAGAGGACUUCCUCUGGUACACUACUCAUACAACAUACCUCGAGUCAAAGACUAAGGACGCGCCACAGCGCCAUCUGUGAAUCUUCAAGAAAACACUUUUAUAUCAGACAGGGUAAAUGUUCCAAUCACCCUGCUAAAAGACUAUUUAGAGAGCACUUAUGUUUGUAUUUACUGUGUAAACAGAGAUGCAUCCAAUCGUUAAAGGGAACUCAGUAUGCUGUUUGAACUUGGAGAUGAUUUCCAAGUGAUCUUAAUUGAGCACAUCAUGCUACAAACUGGUUCUACCAGGGAUUUUUCAGAGAGAAAUCUUGCCACCAGUGCCUGCCUCUUGCUCUGAAAUGGAUAUCGAAAUGUUGUGAGCCUCAAUAUAUGUAUUGUGAUGUCUCUGUUUUACCUGAUCUCAUAAGCUCUUAAUUUCUAAUUGUUAUAUGUUGUUUAAAUUUUUUAACUUCCCCACAGAAACUGUUGAUUUUAUACUCUGAUCUCUCUUUGUUUUUGUUUUUUUUUUUACAUAAUGUAGCACAUGAAAUUAACAUCCUCGACUGUUCGGUGUGAAUGUAACUUUUAGGUAUAGGAGGGAUACUCUAACAGCAGCGAUAACUUCUUCCCUGUCCGCCUGUGAGUGUUGUGUGAGAAUGGUUUGAGUGAAUGCCGGUCUAUUAUUAUUAUAGACACUUCUUUGCUUUAAGACUAAGAAUGUGAUCAAGUAGCAGAUAUCACUGUUAAAGCAACAGCUACGCUAGGUGGUGGUGAAAGACUUAAUUUAUUGUUUGAGCUGCAGGAUUGGAGACACUUUUAAAUGUAUGACAGUUAGCUUUUUGAAUGAUGGUUAUACAUGAUAACCAAAACAUUUAUACGAAAAACAACAACUCUCUUUGUGUAAUUCCUCUCAAAUAAUGGUACACAUACAAGUUUAGUUCAUUAUUUUUGUUGGUUUGAAGGAUAAUUCCUGUUAUUUUUCAAUCCAGGCCUUAUUUUCUGAUUGUGUCUUUAUUACAGAGUUUGGUUUGAAUCCACUUACAGAGGGAUAUGUCAGUUGUAAUCUUACUAGUGAAGAUAUUUUCUAAAAACUGAGAAUCCAAAAUAUUAAAAUCAGGUACUGGGCUCCAGUAUAACUCAUGAGAAGACUGAUCUCUGCGUUUGUCUCUCGUAGAUUUACAACUUUUCUUUAAACAAAAUUUAGCUUGUGAACACCUGAAUGUAAUCCCACUCUUCCACUUCUUCCAGCAUGACUUGAAUACAGCUGCCAAGACUGUCAGCCAGCUGAGUCAACAAAAAGUAAUCAUGCAUUGCCAAAAAAAAAGCUCCAUUGAAAAGAAGUAGGUGUUUAUUUUUCGAAGUAAAGAACCUAUAGUGUGUAUUUUCAUUUUAAGGAUCAUGUUUUUUAGUGUAUGCUCGCUGAAUAAGGGGUUCCUAUGAAAUAACUGGUCCAAGUUUGACCAGAAUAAACAGCCCUAACUGUGCACAAAUAGAAAAUAAGGCCCAUCCUGAAAAUAAGAGGAAUUUUCCUUCAUCUUCACCUCCUUUGUCUUUCCACCACUGACUGUACGUAACCCAGAUCAUUAUGUUAUUUUGAAAAUACAAUUAUGUGGACGUGCUUUUACCCUGAGAGCUGAGCUGUGUGAGAUAGUGUGUGACGGGGGGGGGAUUGACGCUUGGUGUGAUGGAGCAUGACUAUACACAUUAAGGCGGAUACACCCUUGGAGCAUGUAUCCACAAGCGCACGUCAUGUUGAGUGCUCAGGAAUUUAGCCAGCAUAAGGAAAAGUUUUCUGCCAAUAAGAUGUUAAUAACUCCUUUUUAAUGCAAAAUUCAGAUUUAAUAUUUUAGAUUUUCAAUUUCUGUUGACUGGGUGUGUAAAACUCUUGCACCAACCAAAAUGUCCGUUGAUUGUUUUGAGAUGUCAGUUCUGGUGAAAAUGUUUAAACCUUUUUGUCGGUUUGGUUCUUUUUUUUUUGUAUUUUCAUGUAAAUUAUUUGAAAGAAAAAAGUAAUCAAGAAUGGGAUGCUAACUAAGGAAGCUACCUCCUCUACUGUAGUGGCUGCCAGCAGUGCUUUGUAAAAGAAAUGUCUGUUUUUCUUUACCUGUCAGUCUUUGUUUGCCUUCUGGGCUCUAUGUUGACACGUGUCCUACAUCAUCAUUUUUAGAUACGUACAAAUUGUGGGAGGAAUCUAUGUACUGUAUACUGUGAUUUUUUUUUAACCAAACUAUAAACUAUUAAAAUUUUUGUUUUAUUUUUUAUAGAUACACAUAUUCGGAAUAAUACAGAUUAUAAACUGAAUCUCACUUCAAUGCAAAUUAAAAUUUUAUUUGUAUUAUGUUCAUGUGAGAUCUUUCAAGUUGGUCUAUUGGAAAAAAAAAUAAUUAUGUUAAUUGUCAAUGAAUAAAAUCUUAAGAAAAAAAAAAACUCAACCAUCUUUAAAAA